CUGGAGGAGGUGUAUCAAAACUUACUCUGCGAGACUCUGCUGAACCGACUGCAUCAGGGAAAAUUUCAUCUCCCAGAAGGGUGCGUGCGGCUCAUCAUUUCUUCCUGGAAACAUCUGCAGAGACUUGCUUUUCAGGCUAAGGUAUCCUCCAUGAUGUUACCAUUACAAGGUGCCCAGAUGCUGCAGAUGCUGGAGAAAUCCUUGAGGAAGAGCCUCCCAGCAUCCUUAAAGGUUUAUGGAACCGUCUUUCACAUAAACCAUGGAAAUCCGUUCAAUCUGAAGGCUGUGGUGGACAAGUGGCCUCAUUUUAAUACAGUGGUUGUCUGCCCUCAGGAGCAGGAUAUGACAGAUGACCUUGAUCACUAUACCAAUACUUACCAAAUCUACUCCAAAGACCCCCAAAACUGUCAGGAAUUCCUUGGAUCACCAGAACUCAUCAAUUGGAAACAGCAUUUACAGAUUCAAAGUUCACAGCCCAGCCUGAAUGAGGCUAUACAAAAUCUUGCAGCCAUUAAGUCCUUCAAAGUCAAACACAAACAAAACAUUCUCUAUAUGGCAUCCGAAACAGCCAAGGAACUGGCUCCUUUCCUACUGGAAUCAAAGACUUUAUCUCCCAGUGGUGGCAAACCCAAGGCCAUCAACCAAGAGAUGUUUAAACUCUCAUCCAUGGAUGUUACCCAUGCUCACUUGGUGAAUAAAUUCUGGUCUUUUGGUGGUAAUGAGAGGAGCCAGAGAUUCAUUGAGCGCUGCAUUCAGACCUUUCCCACCAGGUGUCUCCUGGGGCCUGAGGGAACCCCUGUGUGCUGGAAUCUAAUGGACCAGACUGGAGAGAUGAGAAUGGCAGGCACCUUGCCUGAAUACCGGUCCCAGGGCCUUGUGACUUAUGUCAUCUAUGACCACGCCCAGAAUUUGGCCAAACUUGGCUUUCCUGUCUAUUCUCAUGUAGACUACAGCAAUGAAGCGAUGCAAAAAAUGAGUUACACACUGCAACAUGUUUCCAUUCCCAGAAGCUGGAACCAGUGGAGCUGUGUGCCUCUGUGAUGUCAAUCCUGAACAUAAGACAGCGUUGGGCAGGUCUGGGCAUGUAAUUGGAGGAGUGGAUGGUGGAUGAAAAGAAAGAAUAAAUUGUAAUCAGCA